UGGCUGCUUCUUCGUAUUGCAUCAGAAAAAACGUUGCUGCUCCUUUUUUCGAUCUGUUCUUUUGUCCUCCCCGACCUCCACCGCUCGGCUGCACUUCCCCUCUCCAUGCUCCGCCGCUGCCAGCAUGAACCCGCGCUCGACGCUCAUGUGCGGGCUUCACACCAGCGACGCGCUCUGCCCACGGUCAAUGCUCCUGCGCGGGCUUCACGCCGGCGUCCCUCUCCGCCUGAACGGCUGCUUUGCCACCCCCAUGCCGCUCUUUUGUAGUCCAGGAGGACAUGGGAACAUAUCAGACACCGCCGGCAGCCACAACGGCGGAGAUGCAAGAGGUGGUAGUUCUUGUUCUGUUUUCACUAGAGCCCUUCCCGUUGCUAGAGCUAAAAAGAUUUAUCAGAGCAAUCCUCAUGUUACUGGAUUUUCAAACACCAUAAAAACCACCAGAAUCAACGGUAAAAAAUCAGACCAAGAUAAAAUUUACACCAGAUGUUCUCCUGCCAUUUCGUCUGAUUUGUUUCUAGAUCUUGGAGAACAGCAUAAGGAACUUGUGAAGGAGAUGGGUUUUGAUGGUUGAGCGUGAAGGAUCAUUGCUUACUAGAAAAUGCAGAAAAAUUAUUGAAAUGCAGAUUCUGGUAUUGUAAACAAUCAUAUGUUCUUCUAUCACAAACAGAAACAUCUGAAAAUUUAUUUCUGCUC